UAACGACCGAGGCAGCAUUUUAAACUUGUACCAGAGACUGUUGUCAAAAGGCAGGACGGAGAAACGCUGCAGCCACUGAGGGACGAGUCGGGCGAUUAAUUUCACGUUUACCUCCGUUUUUUUUUAAUCUUGAGAUUCACAUGCACUACAUUUUUUUUAAUCGUUGAAUUAAAUGCUUGAAUAGCGUUCGCGUUCAAAGGUGUUAACGUUAGUUUUGAUUUGAAUUCAGAAGUAUAUGGGAGCAAGCUAGCUUCCAGGACUAAACUAACAUCGGUUGAGCUGUUAUCGAUACUUCGAAGAUUUUUAAACGUUUCUUUUAAAAACGCCGAAGAGCACUUUAGUCAAAAAUGAGCGCAGGUGUUCCGAAGCCGGCGAAUCCGUCGGCAUAUGUCGACCCGAAAUCGGCUCCUCUCAAGGAAAUCCCAGAUGUUCUGGUGGAUCCACGCACCAUGAGAAGAUACACGAGGGGAAGAUUCCUCGGAAAAGGUGGUUUCGCCAAAUGCUAUGAAAUCACAGACGUGGAGACGAAGCAGGUUUUCGCCGGAAAAAUUGUGCCCAAGUCCCUCAUCCUGAAGCAGCACCAGAGGGAGAAAAUGACCUCGGAAAUCUCCAUUCACCAGAGCCUCAACCAUGCGAACAUUGUGGGCUUCCAUGGGUUUUUCGAGGACGACGACUUUGUCUUUGUUGUCCUGGAAAUCUGCAGGAGAAGGUCCCUGCUGGAGCUGCACAAGCGUCGUAAGGCUGUGACUGAGCCAGAAGCUCGCUAUUACAUGACGCAGCUGCUCAAGGGCGUCCAGUACCUGCACAACAACAGAAUCAUCCACAGAGACCUGAAGCUGGGCAACAUCUUCCUCAAUGAUGACAUGGAGGUCAAGAUAGGGGACUUUGGCUUGGCUACUAAGAUUGAGUUUGAUGGUGAGAGGAAGAAGACCUUGUGUGGAACGCCCAACUACAUCGCACCAGAGGUGCUUUGUAAAAAAGGCCACAGCUAUGAAGUGGAUAUCUGGUCACUUGGAUGUAUAUUGUACACUUUGCUGGUGGGUAAACCCCCAUUUGAGACCUCCUGUCUGAAGGAGACCUACAACCGCAUCAAGAAAAACAACUACACCAUUCCCUGGCACGUCAACCCACUCGCCUCUGCUCUCAUCAAGCGUAUGCUGCAUGCUGAUCCCACCCAGAGGCCCACUGUUGCUGAGCUGCAAGCUGAUGAGUUCUUCACGUCCGGCUACAUCCCCUUACGUCUGCCCACUACCUGCCUCACUGUGCCCCCACGGUUCUCCAUUGCCCCCUCCACAGCUGUGGAGCUCAACCAGAGACGCCCCCUGACUGCUAUUAACAACAAGGGAAUAGAGAAGGUGGAAACUAAGGAUGAGCCUGUGCAAAGAGAGGCUGAGCCAUCAGAAUGCCACCUGAAGGACAUGCUGCAGCAGCUCAACAGCAUCAUUGCUUCCAAGCCCUCUGAGAAGGCCAUCAUACGCCAAGAGGAGGCAGAGGAUCCUGCAUGUAUCCCCAUCUUCUGGAUCAGCAAAUGGGUAGACUACUCUGACAAAUAUGGAUUAGGCUACCAGCUCUGUGACAACAGUGUGGGCGUGCUGUUCAAUGAUUUCACACGUCUGAUCAUGUACGCUGAUGGAGACAGUCUGCAGUACAUCGACAAGACGGCGGCUGAAUCCUACCUCAGCGUGCGCUCUUACCCCACUGCCCUCAACAAGAAGAUUACUCUGCUGAAAUACUUCCGCAACUACAUGAGUGAGCAUCUGUUGAAGGCCGGUGCGAACAUGGCACGGCGGGAAGGAGAUGAGCUGGCGAGGCUGCCUUAUCUCUCCCUCUGGUUCAGAACAAAGAGCGCCAUCGUCCUGCACCUCACCAACGGCACAGUUCAGAUCAACUUCUUCCAGGACCACACCAAGCUGAUCCUGUGUCCGCUGAUGGCUGCAGUGACCUACAUCGAUGAGAAGCGGGACUUCCGCACCUACAAGCUUUCUCUGCUGGAGGAGUUUGGCUGCAGCAAAGAGCUGGCCAGCCGCAUUCGCUACGCCAAGCUCAUGGUGGAGAAACUGCUGGACAGCAAACCCUCCACCACUGCACAGUAGACCCCCCUCCCAAAGUCCUCAAUCACCAUCUGUCUUGAAUCACCAGCCCCCCUCCCCCUGUCUGCCACUCUCUCUGAGGACAAGACAGAUCAUUAAAUUCUCCUGUAUUUUAUUGAAGGGUCACAAUGUAAUGAUUUUUAUGUCACCUGAGGCUUUGACAUGCACCAUGAAAAUGUAUCUGUGUUGUACAUGAAAGUGGAAUUUCAGUCUCUCAGCCAGUGAUUUUUUUUAAAAUCCUUUUUUUCCUGUUGUUAAUAGAAACUCACUCCAGCUCUUGUCUUCUUAACUUCCUUGUUUUCUUAACGUUCGAAUGAGUCUAUGAGGAAAAGAUGACUGUUCAGAAUGAUGAGUGUUCAGAGCAUUCAGAUUCAUGCAUUCCUCCCAUGAUUCCUUCUGCUUAUGGUUUGCAUUUGUUCAUGUAUCUGUCUACACUUGAAAACCUAUAGCUGAGCAGACAAGUGUGUGUGUGUGGUGGGGGAUUGAGACUCAGACAGGCUGUGUGGAUGGAAAAAUCUUCUCUGGUCUGCUUCUCUAGUUUGUCUGUUUUUAUCUGUGUUGUAUGUAGAGAAAUGGACCAUGUUAAUAUGUCUUCAUCAUGUACAUUCUUCCUGUAGUUUUACUCUUUUUAUAAGUCUAUUUUAGAUGUCUUGUCUUUCAACAAGAUGUACAAACUUGUACAUACUGCUGAAUAUGCAUACGUGUUGUAAAGAUGGUUUAAUUUUUACUCAAGUUUAAAUAAAGAUUCUCUUGAACAAGACAAA